UUUCAUUCCGAGAUCCUCAAUGGUCCACAUCACACACGCGCUGCCCCUGCUGGCUCUAAGAGCAGUUUUGGUGUAGACAGUGACCAUCCGGAUUUGUAGUGGUCUUUUUUUCUUUUUCUUUUUUUUUUAAUUUAAAUUUUGUUCUCCCAGCAGCCCAUGCGAGGGUGCAGCAACACCUACAUCCAGGUUUUAAUUAUCAGACAAUCAUCACUGACUGGCUGCGGUCUGCUGUUCAAAUGCUGGGAGACAAGGCGCACGGUGUGACUUUGAAGGUUAUGGAAUACACAUAUGACGAUGACCUGGAAGAGCUGUGUCCUGUGUGUGGAGACAAAGUGUCUGGAUACCACUACGGCCUGCUCACCUGCGAGAGCUGCAAGGGCUUCUUCAAGAGAACAGUGCAGAACAACAAGAGGUACACAUGCGCGGAGAACCAGGAGUGUAAAAUAGACAAAACCCAGAGGAAGAGGUGUCCUUUCUGUCGCUUCCAAAAGUGCCUCAGCGUCGGGAUGCGGCUCGAAGCGGUGCGUGCAGAUCGUAUGCGUGGGGGGAGGAAUAAAUUUGGCCCCAUGUACAAGAGAGACAGGGCCUUGAAGCAGCAGAAGAAAGCUUUGAUACGAUCUAACGGGUUCAAGCUGGAGAGCACUGUUCCUCCGCCGGCCUCUCCUCUGCAGACUGACUACGGCUUCACCGGCACCCUGCACAGCCUGCCCACUAUCUCCAAAAGUCUGCUCCCCUCCACACCGAGUUCCAUCACCCCUACAGACUACGAGGCCAACCUCUAUGGACCACCAUCCCUGGGCAUGGCCAUGCAGUCCCAUGUGCCCCUCACCACUCAGUACCAGUACACAGCCUUCCCCAGCAGGGCGAUUAAAGCAGAGUGUCCCGACUACACCAGCUCCCCCGAGUCUCUGACAGGAUACCCUUACCCAGACAUGUACCCCUCGGCUUCACCGCAGCCGCCCAGCCUGCCGCCGCUGGUGAUGGAGCUGCUGCGCUGUGAUCCAGAUGAGCUGGUGGUGCAGAAUAAAAUUGUCGCUCAUCUGCAGCAGGAGCAGAGUGGUCGGAGCCGGCUGGACAAGCCCAGCACCUUCAGCCUAAUGUGUCGCAUGGCAGACCAGACUCUCUUCUCCAUAGUGGAGUGGGCCCGGAGCUGCAUCUUCUUCAAGGAGCUCAGGGUGGGAGAUCAAAUGAAGCUGCUCCAUAACUGCUGGUCUGAACUUCUGGUCUUGGAUCACAUUUUCAGACAAGUUCAACAUGGACAGGAAGACAGUAUCCUGCUGGUGACCGGCCAGGAGGUCGAGCUGUCGUUCAUCUUGUCCCAACCUGAGGCCACUCUGUCCAGUCUGGUCCAGAGAGGUCAGGAACUGGCGGCGAGGCUGCGAGCGUUGCAGGUGGACCGCAGAGAGAUCGCCUGUCUGAAAUUCCUUCUGCUGUUCAACCCAAAUGUGAAGCUGCUGGAGGACCAGGCUUUCGUGGAGGGCGUCCAGGAGCAGGUGAACGGAGCUCUGCUGGAGUACACUCUGUCCACCUACCCACAGUUCCAGGAGAAGUUCAGCCAGCUGGUGAUGCGGCUGCCGGAGCUGCGCUCUCUCAGCACGCAGGCCGAGGACUACCUGUGCUACAUGCAUCUGAGCGGAGAGGUGCCCUGCAACAACCUGCUUAUCGAGAUGCUGCACGCCAAGAGAGCGUGUGUGUGAGGGUCUCACACCAGAAGCUCCACUGUCCUGUGUUGUUUCUCUCGGUGAGACUGUGUGUGUGUGUGUGGCAUGGGAAGCGUGAGUGCGAUGAAAAAAUCAAAAGAUAGACAGGUUCAUAUUGGGAUCUUUGAAGGAUUUUGUUCGAGUUAUAGAGGAGAAAAUGUUCUUUAGAGUUUGGAAUUAUAAAGCUUCAUCUGUAUCCAAGGUAGAUUUAAGAUUUUGAAUGUUCAUGUUUUCAUAUCCUGCAGAGCUACGCGAAUGUGACCUUUAUAAACCGGAUUUUAUACCCUGUUUUCAAAAAUCUAAAAUUUAAAUCUGCCUGUAUAAAUAACAAUCAUUAUAUCCUCUUUUACAAAAUAUCACAAGAAUCCAACAUCCACAAGAUUUUCUACGUCCCAUAGAGCUGCCCAGCAAACAUUUGACUCAGAUGAAGAGGCUUCAACUCAAACCAGUACUGAGCAGCCAUGAAAACAUGGUGUCAAGAUGACUGUUGAGAUGUCUUUCCAUAGCUGCUGCCUGCAUCAUUCUGAAUCACCACCACCUAAACAUCUUUGAUAGGAAUUUUAUUUUGAGAGCUGGUGCUGGAUAGUGAGAUGUUUAACUGUCACAUCACAGCAUGGCACCAUUUGCACGGUUGACAUCUGCUGAAUGCUUGCUGGGUGAGCUAAUUAGCACUUUUUAUGGCAGAGAUUGAAGUCUCUUUUCAGAAAUCAAAUUUUGGUGUUCAAAUGAGCCAUCUUUGAUCCAAAUCUCAAAUGUAACUUUAUGAUUCCAAGGUCUUCAACACUGUUCCUAGAUUAUUAUUAUUAUUAUUAUUAUUAUUAUUGUUAUUUUUAGAUGAAGAUAGACUUCAGGGUAACACGACACACUGUGGUCUUGUCAGACUAGACUUGCACUGCUCGUAUCUCUGCACUCACUUUUCAUCACCAACUUUACAAAAAACCCAAAUAUGAAAGCUCUAUAGGGUUCAAUAUAGUUUUGUUUUAAUCUAUUUAGAUGUUAAUAUAUUGAUAUAUCAAAGCCAGACAUGUUAAAAACACAUUCUUAUUCAGUAACUCAUCAAACCUCCACCAAGAAAACAGAAAAAAGGGAGACGGAUAUGACGGAGAGAGGGAGGCAGGCAGGGAGGAGCAGGAGGAGGUAAAAAUAACAAAUGAAUGUGCAAAUGAUGAGGGAGAGAUGGAUGACAAGGACAGAAUUUUAAAGCGAACAUGUGAAGCAUCGGUAAAUGUUUGCGCUUCAGUUUUCACAGAGGAGCCAGACAGCGAUAACACAGGGAGGGAAAAGAUGAGCCUGGCAACAUUUAGUUUCAAGUUUCUUUGUAAAAUUUUAUUUAUGUGGGUCAAUGCCUCAAGAAACAAUGGACCCUAAAAAAAAUGAAGGUGUCGUGUACAGGCUCACAUUUCUGUCACUUUUCAACACACUGCACUGUAUGCAGACUAGAGAUUGACUGAUCUGAGUGUGUGAAGGCUGAUACUGAAGCUGCUGCACACAUGGUUAUCUUUUUUUAUUGUCAACAAACUCCAUGAAAAGAUGUGUGUGUCUCUCUCAAGCCUACUGCUUCCUACAGAUUGAGAAGCUCAAAAUAUAGUUUAAUAAUUUAAGAAACUCAAAAAGAGGAAACAGUAUAUUUUGAUGUUUGGGACUAUUUUCUGCAGCAUAAUUGAGCCCUCAAUAUUUCUCAUUAAAAGAAAUCAGGAUUUUCUGCCCUUGUACUCGACUUCAUUAUGUUGGUGUAUAUGUGAUCCAACAGUGAACACAACAGCUGUGCGCUCAUGAGCAUGUGCCAAAGUUUUUCUUUUAGUUGUGUGUCCUCUGUGAGCUGUGCACAGAUGAUCACUCACAGGUCCACCACGCAUCGCACAGUCUGUCUACACUGCAGCGUCACUAAUACGAUAAAUGUUAAAUAUGAAGCUGUGUUACUGCCACUUGAUGGACACAUCAGCUGGUUUGUCACUGGCUGGUUAUCUCUGUGCCGUUGGUCCAAAUGAACACAUGCGCUCGCCGGUAGCAGUUCUGUCAGUCUAGUUCUGGUGUGUGUGAGUUUUACUGAACAUCCAGCAUGCAACUGCUGGUUAAAGAAUUAAUGCUGGGAAAUACUUGCUCACAUACAAAUUGUGUGCAAAUGUUCCACCUACUCCUGCCCCCCCCCCCCUUAUGAAAGUGGCAUUAGAUUUCUUGCUGUUACAUUAUGAACAUAUUGUUUAUGAAAAAAAUUCAUUAAUCCAUUCAAUCAUUUUGUUUUGCACUAAUCGAUAAGUUGUGACUGACAUAUCUGUCAACAUGAACGCUUCAGGAGUGUUUGGUUGAAGUAUCCACAGUUAAACAUCAUCCUCAAACAUCAGCCUCUCAUCCACACUGUAACCGUUUUUGUGGACUUCUUUUUCAUGAAUGGGGCUGGUUAUGCAGGAAGAUGACAUCUCUAAUCUUAAACCUGCAAGGCUCUGAUUGGUUUGAUUUCUCAAACAAUUAACCAUCGAUGAGCACAAAGCUUAACCUUUUAAAAUCACUUAGACAGUAUUAAAUAUAUAUGUUAAAAAAAACCAAACGUCAAUAAAUAAUUAAAUAAACAAGUUAGUGUUUAGUCCUUCUCUUGUCAUGUUGAUGAGUGUAAUCAUUGGCUCUCUAAGACUCUCCACUCAAAUAAUAAUAAUAACUGCACAAUAUCUUAUCAGACGACCAGUGGACAGUGAUGGGCUUACAGUAUCAGUCCCAUAUACACUACCAGAAACCUGAAGUGUGGGUGUAAACCUCUGCACUGUUUUAUGUGUGACAUUUACUCUGCUGAAAAGUAACACUAAUCUAUUUUGUCCCAAACUGGACAGAUCUGUGUGACACAGCCUUUUUUUUUUUUUAAAGCACGACUCUCAGCGAUGAUGACAAUGUAACUGAUAUUCACUGACACCAGGACCAACUUAAAAACAAUGACUCAGUCAAAGCAGCGUUUGUAAUAUUGUGCAGCUCAACUCUCACUAUGGACAUUUAAAAUCAUUCCUUGUUCGUCCAUUGACGUGGCAGCGUCGGCCAUUUCAAGGUAUCGUAGACAAUCACUCCACCUGCCUUAACUUAAUGUCUGCCUGAAAAUAGACACACACACACACACACACACACACACACACACACACACACAUCCUGUUUUUUCCUGUUGAGACAGCUGUGUGUUAUCACUCUGUACAGUAUAUUUAUGUUGUGAAGUAAAUAUCUACUGCAAGAUGAAGAUACAUUUCAACACCGCAAAAGUUCUCCGCUUUACGUUGAGGUCAAAUCGCUACUGUUGUGCAAUUGAUUCUCUUGAUAUUGCCUUUGUUUUUGCUCUUAGUUUAUUUUCCUGUGAGUUGACAGUCUGUCCCGUCUUAAACUGAAGUGUUUUAAUCCCAAAAGUGAAAGUGACCAAAACAUUUUGUUUUUGUUUUUUUCUUUAAAUAUAUUUUAUUGUAAUAGCAUCAAACCAAUAAAAUUCAGUGAAGUAAA